AUGCAAGAUUACUCUACUCUCUAUGAUUCUCUCCAAUUCUGCCCUGUCAAGUACUCCAUUCAGGUCACCAGCAAAGGAACUUUCAACGAGGAUGAAUGUCUUGAAACCCGAGAUGCGCAGAUAAACAUUCCGCCAAAUAACGAGUGUUUCGAAAGAAAUUUUGCGGUGCACACGGACAUAACUUGCAGCAAAGACAAGGAAAAGAUAAUGGGCAUCGUUUAUAUCGAGAAUGACUAUCCAAAUUGCUUUGCUCGGUCUUAUGUCGAUUUCAUCAAAUUUGCUGCCUCACUCGCGCAUUUGGAAGGCUUCUACUUCGAGAAGGAUUCAAGCGACAGCAAUGCUGGAAUUUGGAAGAGCGAGAUCAAGGAAUCAAGCCUGUUGCGGGAAUUCUUGACAUGGUUCUGGAAGAAGUUUGGAUUAAACUUCACCAAUGAACUUGAGGCUAGUUUCGCAUGGUCAAAAGUUAACCAUGCAAAAUUUCGUUACCUUCAAAACAUCUCUCUCGACAUCCUCGUUAUGGAGCCGCUCAUCCACACCCGAAAAUAUAUCAACGGCCGUCGCGUAAAGCUUUUCCUCCAGGAACUGCACAAUUUCCCUAACAUCGAGUCGCUCACCGUGUUCCUACAAAUAGGAGAUACAGAUUUGGCGUAUUUAAUGCACAGUCCCGGUGCUUCUAGGUGGGCGAAUGCGUUGAGAGGAACCACUUUUACGAAAUAUUUUGAUGUGCAGUUUCAGAUGUUGGAUGGGAUGUUGCCGAAAGGACCGAUUUGCCAUGCUGUGUAUCGGAAGAGAUUGAGACAGUUUUUGAUGCCGGAGUGCUUGUGCUAUGGAACUACGGGUGAUGUACCGAAUCACUUGGGGAUUCGCGAAAUGUUUGCUAUGGAGGAAGCGUAG